AUAGCUAUGUUUAAUCUUGAUCAUUAUUGUUAAGGAUAGGCUAUAGGUGGAAUAAGAUGCAAGUCCCUCAUCAGCGUUAUAAUCACACACAGUGUGAUCAACCAUCAUGAAGCAGCAUCUUUGAAAACAAAGGACAUACGUAUCAAACUAGGAACUCAGCUGGGCCUAACCCUUAGACUGAACUUGUAGAAAAUGGGCCCGUCUGAUGCUCCAAAAAUUGUCCUUGCUGCUUUGGGUUGCUCACUUCCUGUUGAAACUGGGAUGAUUUUUCUUGCCCCUUGGUCUUCUCUAGGCAUCUCCAAGGCAGUGAUGGCUCUCCAGCGGACGCAGGUCUUUCUUCUGUUCUUGUUGCUGACCCUGCUGGGGCUGGGGCUGGUACAGCCCUCCUAUGGCCAGGAUCGCAUGUACCAACGAUUCCUGCGGCAACACGUGGACUCUGAUGAGACAGGAGGCAAUGACGGCUACUGCAACUUGAUGGUGCAAAGACAGAAGAUGACUUCACAUCAGUGCAAGCGCUUCAACACUUUCAUUCAUGAAGAUCUUUGGAACAUCCGCAGUAUCUGCAGCACCACCAACAUUCAGUGCACGAAUGGCUGGAUGAACUGCCACGAGGGUGUGGUGAGGGUCACAGACUGCAGGGAGACCGGGAGCUCCAGGGCUCCCAACUGCAGGUACCGGGCCAAGGCCAGCACCACAAGUCAGCAUUUGAGGUUUGACUCCUUUGCUCCAGGCUAUUCUCAGAGUAAACCCAAGUGUUCCAGAUGA